AUGACAAUCAGCAUCGCAGCUUCUGAUAUACAAGCUCUCAAGGACCGAUAUGAGCAAGCGGGUCAAGGCCAAGUCUUUCGAUUCUUUGACGAUCUGUCAAACGAUGAGCAACGCGAUUUGUUUCAGCAACUGACGGAUAUCAAUGUUGAACGAGUGAAUGAGAUUUAUCAGUUGUCGGUGACAAGUGCAGCAGCAGCCAAUGCUACGAGUCAAGAAGCAUCUGUUGAACCCUUAUCAGAGGACGUAUUUGACUCUGUGAUCAAAGCAUCUGCCAAGACGCGUGCAGAAUGGGAGACGGUUGGGUUACGCCAAAUAGCAGAAGGCAAGGUGGCCGUGAUCUUGAUGGCAGGUGGACAAGGCACGCGUUUAGGAUCCAGUGCACCCAAGGGAUGCUAUGAUAUCCAUCUUCCAUCAGGCAAGACGCUCUUCCAAUUACAAGCCGAACGUAUUUUACGUCUGCAAGAUUUAGCACGUCAAUAUCGUAAGCCCAGCAGCAAUGCAAAUGCAGGCAUCAUCCCUUGGUAUAUCAUGACAUCCGGCCCUACCCACGACGCUACCUACAGCUUCUUCAAAUCCAACCGCUUUUUUGGUCUCAAUGAAGAAAACGUCAUCUUUUUCCAACAAGGCACGUUGCCAUGUUUGACCUUUGACGGCAAGAUCAUGCUCGAGAACAAGCACAAGGUGGCCAUGGCUCCAGAUGGUAACGGUGGUAUUUAUUCAGCUAUCCAAACAAGAGGAGUGAUCCAGUCAUUGAAGGAACGUGGUAUCGAAUACAGCCAUUGCUACUGUGUGGACAAUUGUCUUGCACGUGUAGCGGAUCCAGUAUUUAUCGGGUACUGUGUGAGCAAAGGGACCGAUUGUGGUGUCAAGGUAGCAGCCAAAGCAGCUCCUGAGGAACCUGUGGGUGUCGUUUGUGUACGUGAUGGUCGCUAUGGUGUGGUUGAAUACUCUGAAAUCUCCAAAGAAGUCUCUGAAAAACGUCGAGAGGAUGGUUCACUCGCCUUUGGUGCCGCCAACAUUGCCAAUCACUUUUUCUCCACUGCCUUUUUGGAACGUGUGCCUUCCUUUUCAUCACAACUUGCUUAUCACAUUGCAAAAAAGAAGAUCAAGCAUGUCGAUUUGGAAACCGGUGAACAAGUGGUGCCUAAGACCAACAGUGGAAUGAAACUUGAAUGCUUUGUAUUUGACGUAUUCCCUUUUGCCGAACAAUUCUCCGUGCUUGAGAUUGAUCGAAAGGAUGAAUUCUCGCCACUCAAGAAUGGCCCUGGUGCAGGUGUUGAUUGUCCAGAGACUUCAAGACGUGAUAUCAUUGCUCAACAUGUACGCUUUAUUGAAGCAGCGGGUGGUCGUGUGGAAGGUGAUCCUGAACAAUUUGAAAUGUCUCCUUGGGUCACCUAUGGCGGUGAAGGUUUACGAGAGAUUGUCGAAGGCAAAACUAUCCGUGCUCCUGUGGUGAUUGAAACACGACAAGAUCUCAUCCAUGCAGCAAAGUAA